AGUUAAGAUUAUAAGUGGAAGUCACUAGAGUUGGUUAAGUCGACGUGUUUGCAUUGCGGAUUAAAGUUUUGAAAAAUAAGUCUUGCUUAUUAAGCUUUCAUAAAUGUUCCGACAUGAAUUACGUUACUCUAAGAGUUGAUUACCUUUUUACAUAAUAGGAGCGACAAGUAUACUUAUAUGGCAAUUUAAUAUAGGAUAAUAACCGAAUCUACAGAGUAACUGCGGAUUAUUGAGAAUCAAUCCAAAAUGAACUACAAGUGGAAGUACUAUAGCCAUGAUAAACUGUGUCCUAAAGAAGAAGGGCAUAUAACAGUGCCAAUCCGAUACGAAUUUCCUGUCAUAAGAUGCUCUCAAUACAACAAUGAUUAUUGUGAGAAAAUCAUAGCCAUCCUUAAAGUAUUGGUCUUAUCCGCACUUUUAACACUACUUGGCUGCACUUCUAUAAUAGUGUACACAAAUUAUCAUUUUAAGUCCGCACUUUUAGAAGAUAAUAAAACCCUUCAUGCUUAUUGUGCAGAAUUUAAUAAAGCUGCAGUAAAGAGUAAUGCAUACUUGGAUAGCAGUCAAACAGGAGAUAUUCUUAACGUACAGCCAUACUAUGAUCAUUACGAUAAAAAUAAUUUUCAAAGGACUUCUGGUUACGGAAUAAAAACACGUAUUGUUCGAAAAGCUGAAAAUAACAAAGAAAAGGAGUUUAAAAAAUGGCUUGAAAGCUUGGACGCUAAGGAUCUCUUUAGUAGUAUCAAUGCAAAUCCUCGUUUCAAAGCUGAUUUAAAGAGAUUUGUUGAUAAACCCGAUGAUGCAGGUGAUGACGUUCAAAAAUUAUUUGCACAAGUCAUGACAAAAUACCGAAAUAUAGUAGAGACUUAUCUGAAAGAUCUGGUUAUAAAUACUUUUGACGCUGUUGAUGCUCAAAUGUUCAAUUCAAGUACAAAUUCCAAAAAUAAUAAACAAGACCUUGAUAAAAAUAGCAAUAAAAAAUAAAAAAUAUGGGUCAAUCUAUUUUCUAAUGAAGCUUUAUUAAGGGGGCACACCACCUUUGAAAUUAAAAUCAAAAUUUUUCAUUAAAAAUAUAUAAAUACUUAUAUAAAUGAACCAAAUUUGGUUUAAAUUUCAUAGAAAAAGUUUUAUAAGCAUAUUACUGAUUUUUUUAUCAAUUUUUGAUUAAUUUUAACAUAACUAUCAUGUAACUUUUUUUCUAUGAAAUUUAAACCAAAUCCCCUCAUUCAUACCAUAACUAAUGUACUUUUAAAUAAUAUCCUAGAGUUUGAGCUCAUUUGGGCCAUUCGUUCCUUUGGAAUCUUACGGUAAGUGAAUAAUGGACUCCCUACUAUACGUAGUUAUUAUAGAGGUAUAUAGAAGGUCUAAAAUCAUCAAAAUAAAGGUAAUUAUGUCUAAGAAUAGUAAUAAAAAUGUGGUUCAUUUAUAUAAGUAUUUAUACAUUUUUUAUGAAAAAUUUUGAUUUUAAUUUCAAAGGUGAUGUGCCCCCUUAAAUAGAGAAACGUUUGAAUAGAUCUCUUUGUCCUGGAGAAAAGAACUUCAUCACUGAACUUAUAAAUUUAGAAGUCUCCCUGGUAGAAAAACACCCAUGUAAAUGGAUUUCAAGGCAAAAACUGGCUAAGUAAAAUGUAAAAAAACUGGUCAUUUUCAAUUUCCUAAAAGUAGCGAUAUCUUGUGCAUUUUUGAUGGGUGAGAAUUAUAUUUCAUGAAAAAAUCAAUAAAUCAAUUAAUUUUUCUGAUGCACGAUACAAAAUUAUUAAUAUUUAGGCGUAAACUGAAUAAUUUGAAUAAUUCAAACAUAUGGCUCAGUCGUUUAAGGCGCACGGCCGUACUUAUUUGGCCUUAUGCAGGGUGUGGGUACAAGUCCCCCCGGUCAGACAGAAUUUUUUCUGAUACAAAAAAUUAUUCUAUACUUUCGUUUAAACUAAAAGCUCGAAUCUAAGCCUGCUAGAUACCAUUUUCCAAUUCUAACCUUAAACUGUGAUAAGCCACGUGUAACCCAGCUGUGUUACUCGACCAACGAUAAUGGGCAGUUUGUACUUAAAAACAAGGCAAGCAGAUUGAAAAAGCGUUACAUUUUGCCCAAACAAUGUCAAAAAACUGCCCAGUUCUUAGAUUCCAUACCAAGAACUGGCCAUUAAGUGGGUUACCGAUUCUACCAAGGCUAUUCAUAUUCUAAAAGUUUAUUUGAUUUGGAUUUUUUUAAAACUGUUGGCGAUUAAUAAUAAUAAUAUUUGUUGCAAUUUAAAACAUUUAAAAUUAUUUUACAGUUACAUAAUUUUUACAAAUGGUCUUUUCGACUACAAUUAUAAUUGUUAUAAUAAAACAAAUAUAACACAAUUUUAAUAAA